CACUUUCUGACCUGGUAAAUGAAAAAAGCCGCCUCAUAAGCAACUAUGAUGUUAACGAGCUUGAGCAAAUUGUCCAGGAUCGCCGCUACCACUCCCCGGAACGUUCACCUGAACGCUCACCCAACAGUUCGUUCGAGCAUUCAUCCAACGAAAUAAUCGUUUAUGAUUUGAGCUGGCGUUCUGAAAAGUUGAAGAAUCUCCUUCGAGACAUUCUCGAUAAACACGGCUUUGAAGUGCGGAAGUCAAGUCAUAAGAGGAGACGUAUACUGAGUGAGGAGGAAGAACGUACUGAGGUUCCGAAAGAAACACCAGCAUGGUCAAUUGUUCAAGCAUCGAAGUUAAUACGUGCGUGGCGAUAA